AUGGAUGAGAAAAAUUUCACCAAAGUGAAAGAGUUCAUACUUUUAGGGUUCACGACAGACCUGUGGUUACAGAGAGUACUCUUUUUCAUCUUCUUCAUAAUUUAUAUCAUCAGUCUCUUAGGGAACAUAACCCUGAUCUCUCUGAUCUGUGCUGAUUCUCGGCUCCACACACCUAUGUAUUUCUUCAUUGGAAGACUUUCGUUCCUGGAUCUCUGGUACUCUUCUGUCUAUGCUCCCAAAAUCCUUAUGAUCUGCAUCUCUGAUGACAAAAGCAUCUCCUUUGCUGGCUGCCUAGCUCAGUUCUUCUUCUCAGCUGGACUGGCCUAUAGUGAAUGUUACCUGUUGGCUGCCAUGGCUUAUGACCGCUAUGUGGCCAUCUCCAACCCCCUGCUUUAUUCCCAGGUGAUGUCCUCUGGGCUAUGCACCAGUCUCGUUGCAGCUUCAUGCCUUGGUGGCUUUCUUAACUCCACCAUCAUUACCAGUGAGACAUUUACCCUGAGCUUCUGUGGGAACAAUAUUAUUGAUGAUUUCUUUUGUGAUCUUCCCCCCCUUGUAAAGCUGGCCUGUGACGUGAAGAAAAGCUACCAGGUUGUGCUCUAUUUUAUACUCGCCUCUAACGUCAUUACUCCCAUCAUGCUUAUUCUCGCCUCCUACCUCUUCAUCAUCGCUGCUAUCUUGAGGAUCCGCAGCACUCAAGGCCGCCUCAAGGCCUUCUCCACUUGUGCCUCUCACUUGACAGCUGUCACUCUGUACUACGGUUCAAUUCUCUUCAUUUAUUCCCGACCAAGCACUAGCUAUGCCCUGGAGAGGGAUAAAGUGGUGUCGGUGUUCUAUACUGUGGUGAUUCCAAUGUUGAAUCCUUUGAUCUAUAGCUUAAGAAAUAAAGAUGUUAAAGAUGCCCUGAGAAAAAUGGUAGAAAGAGCAAAGUGUUCUUAA